CAGAAGCAGUCAUCACGGAGGAAACCGAAAACUCCUCCAUUUGCUUAACCCACACUCUUUUGGCGGCACUACUUUACCACUAUCUCUACAUUCCUGUUCUUUCCAGUAUCCCCGUAACUCCACAUUAAAUAAUCCUCUUCAGUUGCAACAGUAAAACCCUCCCUCUUCCCAGAGCAAACAGUGACCGUGGGCGUUGGGGUGCAAAGCAGAAGACAGAGAAUGGGAGCGUUUUGCGACGGUGACUUCACAUUCUCAUCAAAUUACAGUUUCGUGUGCUCGCAAGAUAUGAGAUCCUCCAAAAACGUCCACGACAAUGUCCAUGGAAGCAUUUAUCUUGAUCCGCUCUGUUUGAAAUUUAUCGACACGGAGCAGUUUCAGAGGCUGCGGGAACUUAAGCAACUAGGAAUGGCACAUAUGGUAUAUCCAGGAGCAGUGCAUUCUAGAUUUGAACAUUCUCUUGGAGUCUAUUGGCUUGCUGGUGAAGCGGGUCACAAACUUAAGAUCCAACAAGGAUCAGAGCUUGGUAUCGAUCGCUUUGAUAUGCAAACUUUAAAACUUGCAGGGCUUUUGCAUGACAUAGGUCACGGGCCUUUUAGUCAUUUGUUUGAACGUGAGUUUCUUCCGGAGGUUCUUAAGGGAUCAGAGUGGUCUCAUGAGCUAAUGUCUGUGGAGAUGGUGGAUUAUAUUGUCGAUGAGCAUCAAAUAGACAUAGAUGCUGAGACCAUGAAAAGAGUCAAGGAAAUGAUACUUGCAAGUUCUAAGUAUGCUACAACCAGAAGCACAAGGGAAAAGCGAUUUCUAUAUGACAUCGUGGCGAAUGGUCGAAAUGGCAUUGAUGUUGACAAAUUUGAUUACAUUGUCCGCGACUGCCGAGCAUGUGGUUUAGGAUGCAACUUUCAGUUUCAAAGGUUAAUGGAGAGUAUGAGAGUUAUGGGUGAUGAGAUAUGCUAUCGGGCCAAAGACUAUCUGACGAUCCACAAGUUGUUUGCUACACGAGCUGAUUUGUAUAGAACUGUUUAUACUCAUGCAAAAGUAAAGGCUAUAGAGCUAAUGGUUGUAGAUGCCUUAGUGAGUGCGAAUAGUUAUCUACAGAUAGCAUCUCACAUACAGGAUCCCUCAGAAUAUUGGAAGUUAGAUGAUACUAUUAUCAAGACCAUUGAGACAGCUCCUGACCAAGAACUAAAGGAAUCUAGGGAUUUGAUCCUUCGUAUUCGCCGGAGAGAUUUAUAUCAGUUUUGUAAUGAGUAUGCUGUUCCGAAAGACAAGUUGGAGAAUUUUAAGAAAGUUACUGCACGGGAUAUUGUUUGUUCACAGAAAAAUGGUGGAGCAACACUUAGAGAAGAGGAUGUUGUGGUUAGCAAUGUCCGGAUUGAUUUGACUCGCGGGAAGCAUAAUCCUCUUGAAAGCAUCAAGUUUUUCAAGGAUUAUGAUAGUGAUGAGAAGUUCUCAAUUUCUGAUGAUCGCAUCAGCCACUUGCUUCCAACAUCUUACCAAGACAUGAUUGUGCGAGUUUACUCCAAAAAGCCUGAACUGGUAGGAGUAAUUUCUGAGGCCUUUGAGAAUUUUCAGUUGAAAACUUAUGGCAUCAAGGCACAAGUACAUGCAACACCAGAGAAGAAAAAGCGACGGAUGUAAUGAUUCCAGUAUGCUCAUAUAUUUUGGUGCCUUCGUCGUAUAAAAUGAAGCAGCUAUGCACUAUAUAUACACAUAUCCAUUAUAACAUUCUGAUACUGACAUAUAUACUUGUUGUAUUGCAUAUAUACAAUGGCAAUUGCAUUUUUGGCUGGGAACCAUGUACAGGACUUGACCUUAGAUAUAUGCAUAUAUCACGUUACACGCCCUUGAUUGCAUUAUUUGCUGAAACCACAGUGGCCUUUGUAUCACAUGAAUACAUGAAUGUCUCUCUUUGUUAGAAACUUAGUUUGGUGCUUAAAGGGAUGUAGAUUGUGUUACAAUUUACUUCAUUUGCUUAACAGGGAGUGAUCUUUUGUGUAAUAACAUGGAACUUUUGAAACCCAGAUUCCAUAUAACUGUUAAGAGCUCACAAUUUUAGAGUACAGGGUGUGAGUGAAGGAUCAGUUGAAGUUCACAUUAAGAUGCUAAUUGCUUGGUAGUUUACAUGACGUGUCACCCAUCAUCUGUUUUAUUCAUUUCUUUAUGGUCCGUAGCACUUGGACAAUAUAUUUGUCUUCCAACAUC